ACGAAAUCCCCUUACUUUUCAAAAAAAAAAUCGCCAACACUUCAAUUUCGACUUAUUUUUCGCUUGUUAUUUAUUGGUUAAAGCAUUGGACAUGAUCCCUCGUGAUUUCGCGCAAGUUCAAAGAAGCUCUCGAGCCUUCUUGAUUAUCCCUAUCAAAGUCAUAUUCCCCAGCAUAGAUGGUUCCUUCCGUUAUCCAGCCAUCUGCUCCCAAAUGAAGGCGAAGGAUCUACUUCAUUAUGAUUCUACUUCUGAUACGUUACAACAGAUCCCAGAUAACGACAUAGAUAGAUGACUUCGACGAGGAGCUAACAAAUAAUCUGUUCAG